AUGCACUGGGCCGCCGUCCUCGCCCUCCUGCUGCUCGGUGCCCACCGCGGGGCGCUGGGCAAGAAUCUGAAGUACCGGAUCUACGAGGAGCAGCGGGUGGGCUCGGUCAUCGCGCGGCUCUCGGAGGACGUGGCGGAUGUGCUGGCGAGGCCCCCCGGCCCGUCUUCCGUUCGCUUCCGAGCCAUGCAGCGGGGAAGCUCGCCUCUGCUGGUGGUCAGCGAGGACACGGGGGAAAUCAGCAUCGGGGCGAACAUCGACCGCGAGCAACUGUGCCAGAAGAACUUGAACUGCUCCGUGGAGUUCGAUGUCAUCACCCUGCCCACCGAGCACCUGCAGCUCUUCCACAUCGAGGUGGAGGUGCUGGACAUCAACGACAACGCCCCGCAGUUCUCCAGAGCGCUCAUCCCCAUCGAGAUCUCCGAGAGCGCCGCCGUGGGGACGCGCAUCCCCCUGGACAGCGCCUUCGACCCGGACGUGGGGGAGAAUGCCCUGCACACCUACUCGCUCUCCGCCAAUGAUUUCUUUGACAUCGAGGUUCGCACCAGGACUGAUGGAGCCAAGUACGCCGAGCUCAUCGUGGCCAGGGAGCUGGAUCGGGAGCUGGAGUCCAGCUACGAGCUCCAGCUCACCGCCUCCGACAUGGGGGUGCCUCAGAGGUCCGGCUCCUCGCUGCUGAAAAUAAGCAUUUCGGACUCGAACGACAACAGCCCGGCUUUUGAGCAGCCGUCUUACAUAAUCCAGCUCCCAGAGAACUCCCCCGUGGGCACGCUGCUGCUGGACCUCAACGCCACCGACCCGGACGAGGGCGCUAACGGGAAGAUCGUCUAUUCCUUCAGCAGUCACGUGUCCCCCAAAAUUAUAGAAACCUUUCGAAUCGAUUCCGAGCGGGGGCACUUGACCCUCUUCAAGCAGGUGGAUUACGAGCUCACCAAGUCCUACGAGAUCGACGUGCAGGCGCAAGACCUGGGGCCCAACUCCAUCCCAGCGCACUGCAAGAUCAUCAUCAAGGUGGUGGAUGUCAACGACAACAGACCCGAGAUUAACAUCAACCUCAUGUCCCCUGGCAAAGAGGAGGUGUCUUAUGUCUUUGAAGGGGACCCUGUUGACACGUUCGUGGCUCUGGUCAGGGUUCAGGACAAGGACUCUGGGCUGAAUGGGGAGAUCGUCUGCAGACUCCACGGACAUGGGCACUUUAAGCUUCAGAAGACGUAUGAAAACAAUUAUUUAAUUUUGACGAACGCCACCUUGGAUAGGGAGAAGCGGUCCGAGUACAGUCUGACCGUGAUCGCGGAGGACAAGGGGACCCCCAGUCUUUCCACAGUGAAACACUUCACCGUUCAAAUCAGUGAUAUAAACGACAAUCCGCCCCACUUCCAGAGAAGUCGCUACGAGUUUGCCAUCUCCGAGAAUAACUCCCCCGGGGCUUACAUCACCACCGUCACCGCCACCGACCCCGACCUGGGGGACAACGGGCGAGUCACCUACACCAUUUUGGAGAGUUUCAUCCUGGGGAGCUCCAUCACGACGUACGUGACCAUCGACCCCUCCAACGGGGCCAUCUACGCCCUCCGGAUCUUCGAUCAUGAAGAAGUGAGCCAGAUCACGUUUGUGGUGGAGGCCAGGGAUGGGGGCAGCCCCCGGCAGCUGGCCGGCAACACCACCGUGGCGCUCACCAUCAUCGACGAGAACGACAACGUCCCCGUGGUCAUCGCGCCCGUCCUGCGCAACAACACGGCCGAGAUCGCCAUCCCCCAGGGGGCGGAAAGCGGCUUCCAUGUCACAAGGGUGCGGGCGAUCGACAGAGACUCUGGCCUGAACGCCGAACUGAGCUGCACCAUCGCAGGGGGCAACGAGGAGAACGUCUUUGUCAUCGACCCGCGGUCCUGCGACAUCCAUACCAACGUGAGCAUGGAGUCUGUCCCCGCCAGAGAGUGGGAGCUCGCCGUCGUCAUCCAAGACAGAGGCAGCCCCCAGCUGCACACCCGUGUCCUGCUCAAGUGCACCGUCUUCGAAUACACAGAGUCGGUGACCAGCACGGCCGUGACCUCGGUGAGCCAGGCGCCCUGGGACGUCUCCAUGAUCAUCAUCAUCUCCCUGGGCGCCAUCUGUGCCGUCUUGUUGGUCAUCAUGGUGCUGUUUGCCACCAGGUGUAACCGGGAGAAGAAGGACACCCGGUCCUAUAACUGCAGGGUGGCAGAGUCCACCUAUCAGCACCACCCGAAGAGACCAUCCAGGCAGAUUCACAAGGGGGACAUCACACUGGUGCCCACCGUGAACGGCACCCUGCCCAUCAGGUCUCACCACCGGUCCUCCCCGUCCUCGUCGCCCGCCCUGGAACGGGGACAGAUGAGUAGCCGGCAGAGCCACCACAGCCACCAGUCCCUCAACAGCUUGGUGACCAUCUCCUCCAACCACGUGCCGGAGAACUUCUCCUUGGAGCUCACCCACGCCACUCCCGCCGUUGAGCAGGUCUCCCAGCUUCUCUCAAUGCUGCAUCAGGGCCAGUACCAGCCAAGGCCAAGUUUCCGAGGCAACAAAUACUCCAGGAGCUAUAGAUACGCCCUCCAAGACAUGGACAAAUUUAGCUUGAAAGACAGUGGCCGUGGGGACAGCGAAGCGGGAGACAGUGAUUAUGAUUUGGGGCGAGACUCCCCCAUAGACAGACUGCUGGGCGAAGGAUUCAGCGACCUGUUUCUCACAGAUGGAAGAGUCCCGGCAGCCUCACUAGGCCAAUGUAGAGGCGCAUCUCUCUGAAGACCUAGGGGCUGAUGGAUGCUGUCAGACGCCUCAGAGGGUUUUAUCCAUCAAAUAAAAGCAGGCUGAGCCGCCAUGAUUCUGUGGUCCAGAAAGUGCUGUACUUUUUGAACAUUGAUCCCAAGUUUUGCAUAGUGUGAUUGUUCCAAUUGUGUUA